AUGGGUUGUUCAUUUCCAAACGUUAAUCACACUGGGUUAAUUAUUUUUGUUUCAGUACAUUGUGAACCAGAUUCUGCUGAUUGUCCUGAUCCCAAGUCGAUUGAACCAUGCCAUUGUGAUCGCGAGGGAAUCUCCUGCUUCAACUCAUUGGAUGAACAAAAGUUGAGUCAAGUGUUUAAAGUACCAAAUGGAUACAAUGCUUACCGGUCUGUUUGGAUCACUCAAAACUCUAUCUAUAAUUUAACUCGAAACAUCUUUAAUGGUUUACGAAUUCAAUCCUUUUUCAUCGAAGAAAAUGAAAUUGAAACAGUUGAAGAAGGCGCUUUCACUGGUUCAUAUGAGAUUGUUAAACAAAUUAGCCUCCACCGAAACAAGAUCAAGUCUUUUCCCUUUAAUG